AUAAAUCAGUAGUGAUUCAAAUAGCUUGUUAUCAAAAUAAAAGCAAAAAUGGUCUGAAAAAUCUUCCAACUAGUGUUGUGAUUUUUAUCUCCACCCAAAUAUAAUUCCGGGUAGAGCAUUAAUAUUUUAAACACCCCAGAUCCAAAUCUCAACUCUAUGGUAUGAUUUAAUUUUUUGUAGAAAACAAAUUAGCACUUUUUUAGCAUUACUCCCCUCACAAAAGUGGUCUAACUGCAUGAUGUUGCCCUGAGUCAACAAAAGAAAAACACUGUGAAUAGAAAGUGAAUAAAAAAUAAUAAAAAAUCUAUAUGUUUAACUCACCAAUUAUACCUCUUUGUAUAUUUAAUCACAUAUACAUAUUUAUAAUUUAUACAAAAAAGAUUCUUAUGUUAUCUAUUGCUCACACUGUGUCCCAUGUGGCUUUGGAUGAUGGCUCCACCCAUAGAUAAAAAAAAAAAAACAUACAUUUACCCCUAAUUUUAUUGAAUAGAGAUAUGUAUUUUAUGAAGCUAUAUUACAAAAAUUAAUGUUAAAGUAUUAAAGGGAGAGUAUAAUAACAAAAAAAAGCUAUAAAACCAGUUAAAAAUGGCAAGAAAUUAAGAUGGUUCUAAUUAAAGCUUCACAAUUCUAAAAGAAGAAAUUGGGAGCAAGAGACAAAACAUUUUGAGCAGGCAAUUUAUUGAAAACAAUAAUUAAACUGAAAUAGGCUGUUCAUCAGCUCAUCAAAUGUUAAAGACCAUAACAGAAUUUAAACCGAAAAAAAUAUUGGGCUAAAUGGUGGUAUGUAAGUAGAGUUCAAAACUGGUGGAUGGGGCAGGAAGUAGCAAACUGUGGACCAGCGGAUUGAGUACAAUCAGUAACUGUCCAUCUAAAACGUCCACUAAUAUACACUAACAUGCCAUCAGUCCUUGCAUAGCAGUAUGUAUAUUCGUAAUGCCGAAUAAUCCGAGCAAUACUUUGGCCAGAGUAAUACUUUGGGAGGGGGCUUGGGAAUGCUCACACAUGUACAUGUUGUGAGGUGUUAUCUUGUGAGUGUGGCAAAACAUAAUAGUGGGUGUUGGAUGGGACAUUCUUUUUCUCAGGUUCUUGAGACACAGUGACAAAAGCAUACCAGAAAAACAUUGUAGAAGGCAUUACUACCUACAGUGUGUGGCAGUGAUUGUGACCAGCAGCAUCUGAUUAGAAUUGUCCAUGCAAACAGACAAGAGACUCUGUCAGAAAACACAUCCCUAUUUAAUGCUGCCUAAUUAUCUUACAUGGGACUAGGCAUAAAUCAUGGAACACAGUACAGUGUACUUUAGUAUUUAGUUUACUGUGUUCUGUGUACACAAUUAAACCCAUAAUAACUGGUUAUAGACUCGAGCUCCACAGUCUGACAGAUGCAUGGAGUCUGAGGUGAAGCUUGACUUGUGUAUGACUCUGUCGCUGCUCCUAAGAGUGUGUUGAUCUUCUCCUGGCCAGAGUAAUCCCGGCUAAUCCCUGCAGCCGUUCUUGUGAUCCAUGGCAGAGUGUUUGGGAAUGCCAUACUCUCGCUCAGGGGAGUGCCGCUGCGUUCCUAGGACACCUGUCUCAAAGCUAUGCACAUGCUCUCGUGUGUUCACCUCCUGAUGGGUUUGGCAUUUUAUGUGCAUGCACAGAAUGCCACAUGUCCAUCUUUGUGCACUUGUGCCUUUCAUGGACGCAGCAAUGAAAAGGGGCUCAGGACUGUGCUGUGUAAGAAUCCUUCCUUGACAGCCAUCCCGGCCAGCUUACCAACAGACACCGUGAAGUUCCGUCUGGAGCGCACCUCCGUCUCUCGGGUCUUUAGAGGAGCCUUCUCCACCCUGCCGGACCUUGUGUACCUCUGGCUUACCUACAACUCCAUCACCAUUCUCCAUCCACGCAGCUUCUCUAACCUCACAUUCCUCCAUGAGCUGCGAUUGGAUGGAAAUCUUCUGUCCACUUUCCCUUGGGAGGCCCUGAAGGACAUACCCCGGCUCCGGACACUUGGCCUGCACAACAACCGCCUGUCACGAGUCCCUCCUCAGGCAGCACAGUACCUGGGCAACAUCACUUACCUGGACCUGUCCAGCAACAAGCUGAGUACACUGCCAAAUGAACUAAUCACUCUGUGGCCCUUUACCACUCAAAGUGAACCCCAGCGCUCUGUGGUACUGGGCCUGCAGGACAACCCCUGGCUCUGCGACUGCAGACUGUCUGUUUUGCUGGACAUCAGUAAGGCCCCAGAAUCCUCUCUUGUUCUGCUGGAUCGGUUCCUGACGUGUAUUGGGCCUCCGAACCUGGCUGGAGUUCCCUUUCAGGGCGUAGAUCUGCCGCGCUGCCGCCGGCCCUCAGUGCUGACCUCAGCCACAAAGGUCACGACCUUACUGGGAAGUAAUGUCCUGUUGCGCUGCGAUGCCAGAGGAUACCCUACCCCUGCUCUCAUCUGGAUCAAAUCAGCUAGACCUAACCUCUAUAACACAGCUUGUUGCAGACAGAUUGAGAGCAUUGAAAACGAGAAGCUACCAAGAAAACUGCCGAGCUUUGUGCAGGAAUCCCCUCGUAUAGGACUGCGGUGGUCUGUAAUCAGCCUGAAUGGGAUCUCGUAUAAGGAUGCUGGAGAGUACCGCUGCAGAGCUCAGAACAUGGCCGGAACAUCAGAAGCCAUCAUCAGUCUGAAUGUGGUUGGAGUCAUUAAUGGAAAUUCAGAUUCCAGAAAGACAGUCGCACCUAAAUCUCAAACUUCAAAGCUGCCCCCCUCUGAGAGGAAACCCAGCCAACGACUCAAAAUGACCCCCAGCUUAUCCCCUAAAAAUGUCACUGGAGGCCUUCUCUCCGCUCCUAAGAGAAUCCUUACAGCUCCUAAAGCCAGCAGGGACAAGAUGAAGAGAGACAGGGCUGGGUAGACCCAGCCUGCCACAAAGCUGAUUAUCCAAACCACACAGGCCAAGCACUUCAUGUCCAAUUUCAGUCAGUUUUAACAAAGCCAAACCAUGCUUUACCUUAAAAAAAUAAUUUGAAAUAUUUUAUUGUUUUGCUCAAAAAUAAAUCCAAUCUUAUUGGUCAGCACUGUGUUUUAAUGACAUGUAAUGACCUCUAGAUGGCGUCCAUUAGCUUGUCAUAGGCAGAUUUUAGAGAAUCCUACAUUUUCAAUUGUAUUGGACUGAGAAGACUUAAAUUGUGGCCCACAUAUAGAGUCAUACGUGUAUGUUUGGUGAAAGUAACACGUUAGUAAGUAGAAGCAAGUGAACACAUUUAACAUACAAGACAAAUAAGUUAUGGUACCAUCUCUCCACCCAAUAUGUUAAAUUUAGCAAAAAAUGGGUCUGUAAGCAUGAAAAAAACAUGCUCUAAUGCUCACAUUGCAGAAAAUGACAAUUAAAAAAAAAAAGAUUUA